CGGGCCCGGGUGGUGCGAUCCGCCGUACGUGCCGGCCUUGCCGGGGCCGCCGCCGCCAGUGCGGGCCGGGCCGGGCCGGGCGCAGGUGGAGGAGCUCGACGGGGACACACAAGCGAAACUCGGAGGCUUUCCCUGCCGCUCGCUGCCCUGUGUGCUGGAGCUCACAGGCCCCAUCAGGACUUUCUUGCAGAGCCAUUGGUGCAAGUGCCUCUGACCAUCAUGGGAGAAGCCAGCAUGGAACCAACCAUCUCCCCUCCUGACAGCACAGCACAGCAGGCCUCUCUGGUCAGCAUGGUGGACGUGUUCCUCAUCUCACUCAUCGUCGGGCUCUUCACUUACUGGUUCUUCUUCCGCAAGAAAAAGGAGGAAGUUCCAGAGCUCCCCAAAAUACAAUCAAUAGCAGCUCCAGCGAGAGACAGCAGCUUCAUUGAGAAGAUGAAGAAGACAGGGCGAAACAUUGUGGUUUUCUACGGCUCUCAGACAGGUACAGCAGAGGAGUUUGCCAAUCGUCUCUCCAAAGACGCUCAUCGCUACGGCCUCCGGGGCAUGGCAGCAGAUCCAGAGGAGUAUGACUUGUCGGACCUGAGUCGCCUCUCUGAGAUUGACAAGUCCUUGGCUGUGUUCUGCAUGGCCACCUAUGGUGAGGGUGACCCCACAGACAAUGCCCAGGACUUCUAUGACUGGCUGCAGGAGGCAGAUGCUGACUUGUCCGGUCUCAAAUUUGCAGUCUUUGGACUGGGGAACAAGACUUAUGAGCACUUCAAUGCCAUGGGGAAGUAUGUGGACAAGAGACUGGAGGAGCUUGGAGCCCAGCGCAUCUUUGAACUUGGGCUGGGGGAUGAUGAUGGCAACCUGGAAGAAGACUUCAUCACCUGGAGAGAACAGUUCUGGCCAGCAGUGUGUGAGCACUUCGGGGUGGAGGCUACAGGAGAAGAGUCCAGCAUCCGCCAGUAUGAGCUGGUGGUGCACACAGAUGUGAACAUGAACAAAGUCUACACUGGUGAGAUGGGUCGUCUCAAGAGCUACGAGAACCAGAAGCCACCAUUUGAUGCCAAGAACCCCUUCCUGGCCCAGGUUACAGAGAACCGCAAGCUGAACCAGGGUGGAGAGAGACACCUGAUGCACCUGGCACUGGACAUCUCCAAUUCCAAAAUCAGGUACGAGUCUGGGGACCAUGUGGCUGUGUACCCAGCCAACGACUCCUCUCUGGUGAAUCAGAUUGGUGAGAUCCUGGGCACAGAUCUGGACACAGUCAUGUCCCUAAACAAUUUGGAUGAGGAAUCCAACAAGAAACAUCCUUUCCCCUGCCCCACGUCCUACCGUACAGCCCUGACCUACUACCUGGACAUCACCAACCCGCCCCGCACCAACGUGCUGUACGAGCUGGCUCAGUACGCCGCGGACGCCGGUGAGCAGGAGCGCCUGCGCAAGAUGGCAUCCUCUGCUGCUGAGGGCAAGGCUCUGUACCUCAGCUGGGUGGUGGAGGCCAGGAGGAACAUCCUGGCCAUCCUGCAGGACAUGCCCUCCCUGCGUCCCCCCAUCGACCACUUGUGUGAGCUCCUGCCCCGCCUGCAGGCCCGUUACUAUUCCAUUGCCUCCUCCUCCAAGGUUCACCCCCACGCCAUCCACAUCUGUGCCGUGGCGGUGGAGUAUGAGACCAAGACGGGACGCCUGAACAAAGGGGUGGCCACCAACUGGCUGAAGAGCAAGGUGCCUCAUGAGAAUGGGAGCAGCUCCAUGGUGCCCAUGUACGUCAGGAAGUCGCAGUUCCGCCUGCCCUUCAAGCCCAGCACCCCCGUCAUCAUGAUCGGGCCAGGAACUGGAAUAGCCCCCUUCAUGGGCUUCAUCCAGGAGAGGGCCUGGCUGAAGCAGCAAGGCAAAGAGGUGGGCGAGACGGUGCUUUACUACGGCUGCCGCCGGGAGCAGGAGGACUACCUGUACCGCGAGGAGCUGGCCCGCUUCCACCAAGAGGGGGUCCUCACCCAGCUCAACGUGGCCUUCUCCAGGGACCAGGCUGAGAAGGUUUACGUUCAGCACUUGCUGAAGAAGAACAAGGAGAACAUCUGGAAGCUGAUUAAUGAGGGGAAUGCUCAUAUCUACGUCUGUGGUGAUGCCCGCAACAUGGCCCGGGAUGUGCAGAACACCUUCUACGAGAUCGUGUCCGAGUUUGGGAACAUGAGCCAGCCCCAGGCUGUGGACUAUGUAAAGAAACUGAUGACCAAGGGCCGGUACUCUUUGGAUGUCUGGAGCUAAGAGUGGGGCUGGUGGGGCUGGGGAGAAGAUGAGGCCCCAGGGGUGAACCCCUGGGAGGUGGAAAGUGCCUGCUCACCCACUGCUGCUGGGGGUGACAGCAUCGUCCCCAGCCCACAGCUACCCCAGUGUCACUCCCAACCCCUCCUGGGCCACAGCACCCCCCCCAGGGGGCAGGCUGUGUGCCCUGCAGGGGUGGAAGGGGUUGAGAGGGGCAGGGGGGUAGCUCAGGCUGUUGUCCAGGAGCUGUGGUGCCCCCAGCACGCCAGGGAGCACCUCAUGGCACUAGUGUUUGCCUUGAGGUCAGGGACACAGCUGACGUGGGGCAGGAGGGAUGGACAGUGCUGGGGGGAGCUCUGGGGUCAAGGUGUUGCCUUAUUCCCUGGGCCUGGAGAGCAGCCCUGCCUGCCUGGGCUGGGCACAGUGGGGGUGGCAGAGGGCUGAGGAACCCCCUAAGAGUUUGGUGUGAGGGCACGACGUGGGGCAGCCAUCUGCCCUCAUCCCCUUCCUGUCCCGUUUGGCCAUCUCUAGGGAUGUGGGGCUGGCAGGAGCCCAGGACACGGAGCUGCCCCGUGGCACCAGAGCCCUCAGACACCCCACUCCUUGUCCCUGCUCCCCACCUUUGCUCCAGCACACAGUGGGGAGGGGGUGGCUCCUCUCCCCUCUGGAAUCUAGAGACCUGCUCUUGGGGGGGAGGGUCUCAGUCCUUGGGGGUCCAGCUGACCCCCCUGGGUCCUGCAACCAGCAGCCCCCCUGUGCCCAGCCCCUCCCUCACGCUGUGUACGGUCAUUGUUUUUUGAAUACUGUUUUUAUUUUAACAUCUUUGUGAUUUAAUUAUGGAGAAAAAAAAAAAAAACAAACACAAAAAACCAAAACAACAAAAAAACCCAACAACCUUUGAGGCUGUCCAAUGACUGUAAAUUAUUUAAAUACAUUUGCCCUUGGAAUAAAAA